AUGAGAAUCAAAGCUUGCAUUCGAAUCGGGCCAUCGCACCAUGCUUUAUCAGACGGUUGCCUGAUGGAGAAAGCAAAGGCGGGUAGAAUGGGUCAGUAUACUGGCUCAGGUAAGAUUAUUUUUACAAAGAGCGAUUCAAACGGUAUCGCUGAACUAACACUUGACAAUCCAGGUGUAAAAAAUUCAUUGAAUGGCUAUAUGUUUGUUCAAAUUGCCGAUAUUAUCGAAAGUUUAUCAGACUGGAAACAAGGGCGUUUAAUUAUAUUUAAUGGUGCAAAUGGUACAUUUUGUUCCGGAGGUGAUCUUAAUUUUGUUAAGAAAAUUGCUAAUCCGGCUGAUGGUUAUGUUAUGAAUCGUUUUAUGAGUGAAACAUUUGCAAAACUGCGAAUCUUGCAAUUAAUUAGCAUUGCUCGUAUUGAUGGUUUUGCAAUUGGUGGAGGUGCCGAAUUAACUGUUGCAUGUGAUUUACGUGCCAUGCACAUGAAUGCAAAAAUUGGAUAUGUGCAGUCAAAAGUUGGUAUAACUCCUGGCUGGGGAACAGCUCAUUUAUUAUUUAAGAUACUUGGACAAUCUAGAGCUCUUGAAUUGUUAUCGAUGGGAGGAAUAUUGAAAGCUGACGAAGCAAAAGCGAUUGGAUUAGCAAAUUUUAUUUUCGAAAAUGACACCGAUUAUGACGCUUGGGUCCAGCAUUUUUUAUCAAUUGAUCCAGUCGUUCUUAAAGCAAUAAAACGAAUCUCUUCUGGCUUAGACGAACAAUCAUUUAUAAACGAUCCAACUGAUGUAGAACGAGAAAUAUUUGUUGAAACUUGGGGUAGUGAUGCACAUUUAAAAGCUUUAAGUAUGGGAAAGAAACAUCGAUAA